CACAUCGGUCAAUCAAAAAAUGUUUCAAGUGACCGAAAGGCUGUGAUAAUACUUGCGUUGUUGAUCUUCUAUUGUCUUGAAAAGCGAAAUUUGCGCAAUCAUGACUCGGAACAAAACCAGCGCAGAGCGCUCUGCUAGACCCGUUAUGAAUGCUUUUCGUCGUCCAGCUCCAAUCUAAGGUCCGUGUCAAAAGCGCGUAUCUUAUCAGUACUAAGGGCCGCGGUUACACGUGCCGCCGUAAAAGACGCAAAUUGGUGAGCCUUGUCCAUGAUCGAGAUCAACGGACGACAACUCAUCGGACCUCCCUAUAGCCCCUGCUUCCCACUUUCUCUUCCACUGGUCAUACAAUGGGUUCCAAUGCCUCUGAUACUCCAUCAAUCGAACUGUUAUUCCUUGGAACAGGCACUUCCUCCUCAAUCCCCCACCUGGACUGCCUAACCGCUCCGCCCAAUAGAACGCCCUGUUUGACGUGCCUCUCUACGCUGACUCCAGAAGGAAAGAAGAACAUCAGGCGAAAUACAUCUGCGGCUCUCCGCAUAUCUGGCAAGGAUGGCAAGAGAACCACCGUGGUCAUCGAUGUAGGCAAAAACUUUCAAGCUGCGGCAGUAGAGUGGUUCCCAAAGUAUGGAUUGCGGGAGAUUGACGCUGUUAUCAUCACCCACGCACAUGCUGAUGCCAUGAAUGGCUUAGAUGACCUCCGAGGAUGGACGCUCGGAGGUGCCAUACAACCGCACAUCGACAUCUAUGUUUCACAGUCCACAUUCGGCGAAGUCCAAAGAUCUUUCCCUUAUUUAGUGUCGAAAGAAUUCGCAUCUGGGGGAGGUGAUGUGCCCGAUUUUGAAUGGCACAUCAUAGAAGACAAGGUCCCAUUUGAAAUCAAGGACACGGGUGUCCGGAUUACCCCAUUCUUAGUUCAUCAUGGCAGGUUGUUUUCCACGAAUCCCCCGCCAGCCUUUGCGCCAACACCAUGCACGACGCAGCCGACAACUCCCAAUUUGUCGGGGAGAUCAUCCCCGGCAAGACCUUUGUCAGACGCCUGCGCUCCCACAACUCCCAAGAUCCACCCUUAUUUGUGCUUUGGAUUUUUAAUUCAGGACAGUAUCAUCUACAUAUCUGACGUAUCUUUGAUACCCGAUGAUACUUGGGCACUACUAGAGUCUGAGUCGGUAAAGAAACCGAUGCCAGUGUUGGUGCUCGACUGCUUGCGGCUGAGAGCCCACACGUCACAUAUGGGUGUCCGGGAGGCAGUGGCUACGGUGCGAAGGUUGAAUCCCAAACGAACCUAUAUGACUGGGUUCAGCCAUGACAUCUCUCAUGAUGAAUAUGUAACCAUUGGCAAGGCCGCGGGGGGAGACGGCCCUAAAGCUACGAUUAACAUGAGCGUCAUGGAGCUUCGGGGGACGGAGAUGAUUCGAGAAGGGAAGCCCGUGUGGAUUCGGCCAUCACAUGAUGGAUUGAGGGUAUUUAUAUCCAGGGAUGAUAAAGUCAUUGACGAGACAUACGACUGAUGCAUGGGGAAUGAGGCCGAGAUGUGGGAUUCAUCCUAGUUUUUCUUGAAUUCGUCGUGUAUCUAUAUACAUUACCGUAGAUUUGCUGUACUUAGGCUGUCCUGGGGCGGCCGUUAACUUUAUUAGGGUUUACUUACGUGAUCAAUGGAUUGUAGACCCUUUACACCUAAA